UGUUUCUUAUUCACGCAGGAGUUUUCUCCCUGGCAGAGGGGACUCGAGGGCUGCUUACUGCUUUUGCAGGCUGCUUGUCAUGAAGCAUUUUCUAAUGGCAAAGCUUUGGGAGUAGCAACGUGUCUAAACUCAGGUUAUAUAGGAAUAUCACCCCUAAGUCUUUCUGUGCAUCUCGAUAUUGAAAUGUGGUUACCCAGAAGAUGACUAUUCCCCUUUGCAUAGGUAGCCUCAUCCCAACACUUUCUUUGCAGAAGCGAGGUCCUUGCUCCAAUUUAAUUUCAUCCCUUCCUUUUGCUAGUGGCACCUCAUGCAUAUUUCAUAGAUGAAGCGCAUUGUCAAAGGAAAAUGAAGAUGUGACUUCAUUGCUGGAAAUCUUCACAAAAACCCACAAGCUAAGAAUGAAAACAUAUGACUGAAUGCAAACAAGUUAUGGUCAAAUGAGCGCAUUGACUUUUGCCCUUGGAGUCCUGUGCCUUCUACAAGUUACCCAAUGUAAUAUUUGCAGCCAGGAAAAACUGAACUUAAAGAAAAAGCAAAGCAAAAAGGUCCCAGAAACAUUGGGCCAAGCAGAUCUUUUAGCAGUUCAGAUGCUGGAGCUCACUAUAGCCUUUUCUUAAUUUCACUGCUAUUUCUUCUACUCCAUGAUUAAAGGUUUCACAGAGUGUGUAAUAUCAACUAGUCUAAUGCAUUCCACCGUAUUGACUGGUUAAAGAUUCUUCAGAGGGAGGAAAAGCUUCCACAACGAAUCUCAGACAAGCACUGGUGCAGGUGGCCAGUCCAUUGCUGAUACUUACGGGUGAUCAGCUAACCAAGAAGUUUUGACUUUCUUUAGUCUAGUAAAAGAGAACAAAUAGCAUUGAUUAUCAGGCAAGGAAAAGUUGUCCUGGAGCGUCUUCCUCUUGUUCUGCAUUUGCAGUGCAGCUUCAAGAAAGUGUACAGGUUCUUCAAAUAACUGAAGUGCUAUACUUUCCUUACAGGAAUAGGUUCCCCAGCAUGAACUUUGAAGCAGAGAUUCUGACAGCUCCACACGAUAAUUCAGAGCUAUAUGUGAUCCCUUCCAUGAGAAGUCUCACGGCUGAGGAGUAUGUAGAAGCCUUUAAGUCGUUUUUGGAUCAUUCAACAGAGCACCAGUGCAUGGACGAGUUCAACAAGGAAGAAAUGCCCAACAUCAUGGCUGGUCUCGGCAACGGAAAAUCGACUAUAAAUGUUCUGGGAGUUGGAAGUGGCACAGGCGAGCAGGAUUUGAAAAUGAUCAGGAUACUGCAGGCUGCACACCCAGGGGUCUUUGUUGACAACGAAAUCAUAGAGCCCAACCCACAGCAUGUGGCAGCUUACAAAGAGUUGGUGAAUCAAGCUCCAGACCUGCAGAAUGUCUCUUUUAUUUGGCACCAGCUCACUUCCUUGGAAUAUGAACAACAGGUGAAAGAGAAAGGUGCACAUAAGAAAUUCGACUUCAUCCAUAUGAUCCAGAUGCUGUACCGUGUGGAGGAUAUUCCCAAUACUAUCAAGUUUUUCCACAGCUGCCUCGACCAUCAUGGUAAACUCUUGAUCAUAAUUUUAUCAGACAGCAGCGGAUGGGCCAGCUUAUGGAAGAAGUACAGACACUGCUUGCCUUCCACCGACAGUGGCCACUACAUCACCUCCAACGGCAUCACAGAUGUUUUGAAGAGACUGGGUGUUGAGUACCGCGUUUAUGAGUUCCCAUCGGGCUGGGAUAUCACUGAGUGCUUUAUCGAGGGGGACCCGGUUGGAGCCUGCAUGAUGGAUUUCAUGACGGGGACAAAAAACUUCCUGGGCACGGCCCCCCCGGGGCUGCGGCGGCGGCUGCAGGAGGCUCUCUGCCAGCCCGAGUGCAGCAGCAAAAAGGACGGGAGGGUCAUUUUCAGAAACACCUUGAGUAUGAUUGUGGUUGAAUCCUAGAGUCCGGACCAACUGCCGAAGACAAGUUAGGAGGGGUAUAGGGGCGAUGCGGUUGCAGAAGGGCAUAGCAUAGAAAGAAGGCCACUUGCAGGCAAGAAGGCAAGAAAGUGGGGCUCAUCCGCAGUCUCCCGUUCCCAGCCAGGGUCAGUGGACACUGCAACACUGGGGAUGAGCUCUUUGUCCCGAUGAUGUCAAUGGAGCCUGACUAUUUAGUCCAGCCCUAGGAGAAUGUUUUCCUGAAAGGAAAGAGCUCCAUCUCACUAAAAGCCUACAUGGACUUUUUUUUUUAAUGGUAUGCAUCCUGUCUGUGCUUUUGACACUGGAAUUUCCACUUUUCUAUGUAGCCAGCAUGUUUACAUACCUAAAGACGUGUCUAUAUGACCAGGUGCUCCCGGCUGCAGCCCCUGUGCUGGCUCCAUACAGACCCACUGCUUACAGCUGCACCAGGGAAAAAACAGCAAGGUGUCCCUGCUGCUUUGCACCCAAGUAAUGCACCUCACUGCACCCAGACCUGAGCUGUAAGUUGCUCUGCACUAGGCUAUUUCACAUGGUUUUAUCAGCAUAGGUAUUUACUGCCUCAAGCAUCUCAGCGUCUCGCAAUAUAGACAUGUCUUAAAAAUUUAUCGGCCUUUUUGUUUGGAGAAUUUUUUGGAUCCCAGGAUGAUACUUGCCCUGUGCUCUUUCAGGCAGAUACUAAUU